AUGAGAGCGUCUUUUUCUGGUUCACCUUGCUUUGAACUCCAUUCCUUCAUCAUAUGGAAAACUCAAGGUGAUUUACAAUGCUCAAAAGGACAAGUGGGAUCUCAUGAGAUCAUAUCAGUUUGUAUUCAAGAUGAGGCUCCGAUCAAGAAGGAAAAAGAGGUUAACAUUGUGCACCUCAACACCAAUGCUCCUAAACGUCACUUCUCUAAACUAAGCUCACAUACUGAUGCUAACAAAGAGAACUCUAAGUGUUACUUCAGUGACAAGGCAUGUCAUUGUCAUAUGAAGAGAGACUACACUAGGUACAAGAAUUGA